AACUGAUAUAAACCUGCUUAAGAGGCCUGGUUCCCAGCCGCCGAGGGAUGGAGCGGGGCGCGGGAGCCAAGCUUCUGCUGCUGCUGUGCGUGACUUGCUGCAGACGUGCACAGGCAGAUGGCCCAAGCGGUUACACGUCGGUCAUCGAAGUGACCAACGGGGGUCCCUGGGGAGAAUGGGCCUGGCCUGAGAUGUGUCCUGUAGGAUCCGUCGCCAGCGGGUUCUCGCUGAAGGUGGAGCCCCCGCAAGGCAUUCCUGGCGACGACACGGCUCUGAACGGGAUCCGGCUGCACUGCGCACGCGGGAAUGCCCAGCGCAACACGCAUGUGGUGGAGUCCCAGUCUGGAAGGUGGGGCGCAUGGAGUGAGCCGCUGUGGUGUCCCGGCGGCGGCUUCCUUGUGGCCUUCUCGCUUCGCGUGGAGGCACCCGUGACCCCCGGGGACAACACAGCAGCGAACAAUGUGCGCUUCCGCUGCUCAGACGGCACGGAACUGGAAGGGCCUGGGCUGAGCUGGGGAGAGUAUGGAGACUGGAGCGACGCAUGCCCCAAAGGCUCGUGCGGCCUGCAGACCAAGAUCGAGAGACCCAGAGGUCUCCGCGAUGACACGGCGCUGAACGACGCGCGCUUAUUCUGCUGCCACAGUUGACACCGCCGCCGCCCUCUCCUCUACCCAAAGGCUAGUCCCACCUCCCGCUAUUAAAGCUUCUC